UAGAUAUAAAUAUUUUUUUUUCUUCGACAUAUAUAUAAAUUUAAAUAAAGAUAUAUAAUAUUAAAUUCUGAAUCCCAACAAAGAAUCAAACGUACAAGACUUUCACGUGGCAAUGCUACUGCUACUGUUACUGCAUCGAUCCAGAACGCACCGAACGUGACAUUAGGGCAUAAAAUUCUUGCCACAAGUAAUCCAAGUAAAAUCCCCUUCUUUUUACAUAUUCCUUAUUACUAGCUAACUUCUUCAGCAAAACCAGAUCAGAUUCACUCACCACCUCUUGUAUAAAAUUAAAAGAGAAGGGGCUAUAUACUCCAUUGAUUUUUAUAUUUUUAUGGGAAGAAAAAAAUGGCAGAUUGGGGGCCAGUAGUGAUAGCAGUGGUUCUAUUUGUGGUGUUAAGUCCUGAGUUGCUAUUCCAGUUGCCUGGAAGAGGAAGAAUUGUGGUGUUUGGGAAUAUGAAGACAAGUGCGAAUAUUUCUAUUCUACUUCAUACCAUCAUCUUCUUUGCUCUUAUCACCAUCUUCCUUAUACCUGUUGGUAUAUAUUCAUAUUUACACAGGAUGAUAGUGUUAAUAAUUUGCGGUUGUAAUUGA